GCGCUGGCGCCCUCUCCGGUGCGACGAGCGGCGAGAGGGCGCGUGGGGGCUCAGCGAAAGGUAGAAGCUUGGGGCUAACACCGGGGGCAAGGCCGUCCCGUCCCGCAGCUGUCCAGGAAUUUCUACAGAAGGAAAUACCAGAUCAAGACAAAAGUUGAUAAGUCCAAAAGCUAAUGUUAAGACUUCCAGGGUGACUGCGGCUUCAAUCUCCAUGGAGUCUUUAAAAGGUGCAGGAGAUUCAGUAAAUGAACAGAAUUUCCGUAAGAGAGGAAUGAAGAGUGCAUCACUGAAGGAUUUAUGUCUUGAAGACAAAAGACGCAUUGCAAAUUUAAUUAAAGAACUGGCUAGAAUUAGUGAGGAAAAGGAAGUGACAGAAGAACGACUGAAAGCUGAGCAGGAAUCGUUUGAGAAGAAGAUCAGGCAAUUGGAAGAACAGAAUGAACUGAUCGUCAAAGAAAGGGAAGCUCUUCAGCAACAGUAUAGAGAAUGCCAAGAACUUCUAAGCCUCUAUCAGAAAUAUCUAUCAGAACAGCAGGAGAAGCUCACCAUGUCUCUCUCUGAACUCGAUGCUGCUAGAAUGCAGGAACAACAGGCAACCAAUAGGAAAAGUACUCUCCGGUCUUCAUCUAUGGAACUGGAUGGUUCCUACUUGAGUGUAGCCAAACCACAAACCUACUCUCAAACCAAGCAAAGGCCUAAGUCUGCAAACCAGGACUCAGCUUCAGAAUCUCUUGUGGAGUUCAGGAAUAAUUCUUUGAAACCAGCAGCCCUUCAUUAUCCCAAAGAGAACCUAGAGAGAGUGACAUCAGAGACCAGAACAUGUAAUUAUGGAUUCCCAGGGAAAAAAAUAGUAGAUACAGUCCCUACAGAGAAAGUUCCACCAGAGGAAAUGAAGAUGAGGGAAUGCCAGCACCUUAAGCCUACUACAUCUAGUCUGUGUUGUGGUCGUAGACCUUCUGAAAAUGCAGAUCAUGUUCAUGUUAGCCAUCCUACAGAUGUGGCACCUCAAUAUUCCAAGACACAUCCGGAAUCAUGCCGUUAUUGUGGGCUUUCCUGGGCAUCUCUGAUGCAUGGCCAAGGGGUACUGCAGCCUAGUGAAACUGAUUUCAAAAAGCAACUUUCAGAAGAUAGAAGGCAGCAACUUAUGCUUCAAAAAAUGGAGCUGGAAAUCGAGAAGGAGCGCCUUCAGCACCUGCUAGCCCAGCAGGAGACAAAGCUUCUCCUAAAACAGCAGCAGCUUCAUCAGUCUCGACUAGAUUACAGUUGGUUAAGAACUCAAGCUGUCUUUAAGUCAAGAGAACUGGUUGCUGAUAAAGAGCUUACUAAGCCCCGAGAGCUCAACCUGGAUAUGAAUGGGAGUAACUCUGGACCAAGUUUGUCGAAGUCUAAAUGUGAUGGCUGGCUGCUUGGAACAUCGUCAUCCAUCAAAAAGUACCAAGAGUCCACCAACAGUGGAGAGAAUAGAAGGGAGAAGAAGACAGUUGGAUUUCAGUCACAUAUGGAAGAUGAUACCCUGUGGACAUGUCAAAAGGAAGAAACAGGAGCAAUGACAGAAGUUAGAAAAGAUGCGUCCACAUCUCCUAUGACAACAGGAAGCCAAAAGGAGCUUGUAAGCACAACCACAUCAUCAUUCCAACACAACACCUCCCGGUAUGAGACAUCUCUGUUGGAUUUGGUUCAAUCUUUGAGCCCAAAGUCUGCUCCCAAACCUCAGCCCCAUCCCUCCAGAGAAACUGGGGCCUGGAACCACAGUACUUGCCAACUCAGCCCUCUAAAACUGACCCGGAACAAGAUGGGGGCAGGCAGGACCCCUGAAGACCUGGAGGAGAAUCAAAUUCUGGAAGAUAUCUUUUUCAUUUGACAUCAAAGCACUUGCUACAAAAUUUUCAUCAGAAAUUUGUGGGUUUCUUUAUAUAAUGAUCUGAGAUUUUUAAAUUAUUUGAUUGCAAGUAAUUGUGUCUCUCCUUUCACAGGGACCUAUUUCACUAGCAUCUUGUUAUGUAUUGAAUAUAGAAAUCAUUCUAACAACCCAGGGUGUUUUUGAUGAGACCAAUCAGUAGAUAACACAUUAAGGGAGAAUGGGGGUGGAGGGCAGUAUCUUUUCUAUGCCAAGCAGAGAAGAGAAAAUCAACAUAGGAUACUUUCUGCAUGGCACAGGCCAUUUGCGUAUUCAGCCUCAUUUCAAGAAUGUUUCCUUUUCAGUAUUUUUCUUGAAAAUGUUGGCUUUUCUGUACACAAGAAAAACUUAUCGACUGAAAGAUCCCUCUAAUUUAAAACUAACCCCUUAUAACAUAGACAAUUUCAGAAAGAUAGACCUUUUUACCUCUUAACUCUGUUCUCUCACCACCUACCUCUAAGUGUUGUCAUUUAAUUCCACAGUUGGCGUUAGUGCCCCUAAUAUCACAAGCAACACAGAGGACCAAGUGUGAAUCAGGCUCAGUAGUUAUAAGCCUGGCAGCUGCUCAUCCCAUAACCAAAAGAGCUCAGUGGGCUAGAGAGAGGGACCCACCCAGUGCUUAGAAACCAGCAUGGAAUGCCCCAAGAAAAUGACUGCCUUUGUGGAGGCAGAAUCCUGAAACGCAUCUCCUGCCAUCUGCCAAUUUCCCAGGAUAAAUAAGAAUAAUCUCAGUAUUUUUUGUUGACCUAAGUGCCUAUUCUAUUCACUCUGUGAACUUCCCAUGGUUAUAUCUUGGGAAGAUGCCGAAAGAGGGAGAGUAGCAUCAGCUGCUGCAGACUGAUAGGCUUUCGCUGGAUUGACCAAGCCCUGCAUAUGCUCUUCCCAAGGAUACUGUCCCAUGGCCCCAAGGAACCGUAUCUACUUGCCAGAUUAUGCUCCACCACCCCAAGCAGAGUCUCCCCCCAUUUCCCACGGGGCCUCACUUUGACCCAGAGAAAGCCUGUAGAAGAAGUACACUUGAGACCUCUUUCUCUCUCUGUUCUCCUGUUCAACAGAGCUCUUGAGAUGGGUCCUUCAGCUCACAGUGGGCUGAAGUGGCCUCUCAGGCUGAUGGGGAAUAUGAUGAACCUUGUAGAACGAGUGAGUUUAAAACUUUCCAGUCAUUGGCAGCAAGGGGAAGAUGAGUCCUCAGAUAUGUAUUACUUGGUGACUUUAUUUGAUCUAGAAGGUGUUGCUUUUAUUCUCUCCCUUUCACCAACCCUAAGCUUGAACUGGGACCAAGAAUCUUUGUCAAUCAGUGUUGGUAGCCAAGGUCAUACCACUCAGGGCAGCCUGCCUUAGUGAACCUACAUGGCCUCCCUGAAUUCUUUAUCAAAACUAGAUUAUUUCAGCCUACAGAAGCCUUGCUGAGCAGCUUCCUUGUCUGGAUAGAUCUAAAUCUCAUUGUCUGUUCAGGCUGAGGCCCUGUCACCUCCACUCAACCUUCCUUCACUUGUGUCUUUUUGCUCUUUGAGGGAGAGAAGAAUGGAGACUACCAAUACCAUUUUCUUCAUCUGCGGUAAGGAAAAGGUCAAGACUAACUAGUUGUAGUCAUUCACUUGAAAAGUUGAGAAAUCAUUGUAGGUUACAAUAUCCUUUUAAAGUUCACCCGCAUGAGAUUAACAAAAUCAGUUUCAUCUCAUUUCAGAAAGCUUUGGAAAAUGAAGUUUUCUUUGCUGUGGCAAAAAUGGAUGGCCAUUUUCUCAGUUAAAGUUAGGUUCCCAGAACUAUAUUUUCCUUGCUCCAUGUGUCAUGACCACCUAAACGCACCCAAACCCUGAGAUCAUCCAUAACCACACUUGCCCACACCAAUGUCCUUUACUGCCCUUCAGAGUAAGAGGAGGCCAGGAGGACCAAGAAAAGAAUUAUGAUUUCUUUAAGAAGUUUGUUUACCUUUAGAAAAAUCAUAAACAGAAUCGAAACCAAAGGCUUUUGGAGGGUCACAUGCCACCGAAUGAAAUUUAAUUGCUGCUUUACCUCCCAUGAAUGAGCAAUUUGGAAGAGCAAAGAUGGAUUUUCAGCAGAGCGUCAAUCAACAUAUUUUUCAUAUGCCACAUUCCUUCACCAUUUGUCUUUCUCUAUCCUGUAGGCAUUUCCUGAGUGUCAAUAGGAUGUGAAUUUGUGUCUAAUCUAAUGUCUUCUUUAUGAAUUGAACAUUAUAUGUUAACAUUUUAAUCUGUGUCCUGCUGCGAUACACACACAUCACAUAUACAUAUGUGUGUAUGUGAAAGGGUGGUUAUAGAGCCUGGAGGCUGAACCUCGUUGCAGACUAACCUACCAAGAGACAGGGUCUGGCACAAAGGAAUCUGUCUCUCCUCCCUGGGAAGUGCUCCCAACAGUGACUGGUUGGGAUUUGCUUGCCCAGCCUCCAGCCAUUUCUCCAAAGCAAGGCCGGACACUUUGGGGGUGCUGCAGGUAGUGCUACAAUGUUGCCCACCCUGCUACCCACCAUUCUGUGGGAUAAAAACCAAUCAAUGUUUGCAAAAUGAAAAAGGACAAAGUAUAUCCAUUGAAGCUCCCUAAAUAGGGCCCAAAGUGCUUGAUUUAUAAAACCAAAGCUAAUCAAGGAGAAGCUUUUGCCAGUAGUCACCCUUCCAGGAGGUACACUUGUGUUUCUCCAAACCGGACCCCCAUGAUGGGAACUUUAGAUCUAGAAUACACCAAAUCAUGAGAAGGGAGGGACUCUUCCUUCGGAGCCACUCUUUUUUACUUGGCUCUGCUUCCAGCACUAUAGUUCAUAUGAGAGAUUUGCUGGUCAGGGACUCUGAGGAGGGGACAGGCUUAAAGGAGCAGAGCCAGAUGAAGUCUGCAGUCUUUAGGGAGAUGGAGGCUAUGGCAGACUUCUCCAAGCUUACGCUUCGUCCCCACCUCAGUGUACAUUAUCUUCAAUGUGGGCAAUUGUUUAUAAUAUGUGUGAGAUUUUAAGUUAAUAAAUUAUCUCCAUGACUAUUUUCCCAA